UUGUGGUAUUUCAAAUUUCAAAAAACGACCCAACAACUCUCUCUUCUCCUUUUCUCUGUUAAAUCAUCGAUUCUAAAAAAUAAUCCAAAAAACCAAGAAUCCGAUAAAUGAAAUGGUAUGCGAUUUUUUGAAUCGACACUCAGGGUUAGGGAUAAUCUCGAGAUCAGUGGUGAGGUUUCUUGAUUUGACGGUCUGCAGAGCCAUGGGAUGUUUCUUCCACUGUUUCGGCGUCAGAACCGAUCGUUCCCGCCCUCACCUCGUCGCUUCCUGUUCCAAAUCCACUGAACGUACUGUUUCUCGAAAUCGAUUAUCGUCUCUCUUUGUUGAUGAAGAGAAAGGAGAUUCUCCAUCCAACGAUUUGGAGUCUCCACAAAUUAAUAAAGUUCUCAAGGAUGAGGCUAAGUUCCUUAAAUCUUGUGGCACAAUACCAGAGACUCCGGUUGAAAUUCGCAAAGCAUCUAACAAGUUUAAACAGUCCCCUCCUUGUGGUGGAGAUUCAGAGACUUCGAAGUAUCGUUCUUGGCUUCCAAACACAUCCAUUGAUAAGCUUCAGUUGGAUAAGAAAUCUGACCGGCCACCCACUCCAAGUAAACUUUUCGAGGUGUUGGGGAGGUCAGAUUCUCCUGAAAAUACACCUAGCAGUUGUAUAUCGAAUGCAGCAAACACUGGGAUGUCCUCCAUUUGUUCUACUGAAGGUAGUGAGGCGACGACUGCUGAUAAAACAGCCAAGACUUGUAUCUUUUCAACUUCAGCUUAUGAAAGGAACAAGUCUGUGCGAUUUGAAUGUGAAUCUGAUGCUUCUUCUGAGUCUGAAAAUAUUGGUCAAAAUCCGGAGAAACUUGAAGCACUAGGUUACCAAAGUGCAUCAAAGUACUCGCCAAACCCAACCCCGUUAAAGCUUUCUGAUGAAAUGCAAACCCCAGGAACUGUUUUUCCCUCAAACGUGGGAAUCUUUGCAAAUGGGAAGACUCGGAUCCGGUCUGAAUACGUUCAUUUAGUUUUGAAUCCGGUUGGGAAUGCCUCUCCGUUAAAUGCAAUGAAGAAAGAGCCAUUGAGCUCCAAAGAGAUGUUUAAUGAGCAGGAAGAAUCUCCUGAACGAUUAGAAAAUGGCACCCCCAAGCUAGGAGUAAAACAAGCUUCACUUGGUAAAGAUUCAGAGGAUGAAGGAAGCUUGUCUUCUUGGCUGAAGCCAAAACAGAUUACCAUAGAUGAUCCUGAUAAGAAUAUUCAUGUUACGUCCAGCAAAACCCCUCAAUUUAAUAGAACCCCAGGGGAUAGACCCAUCAUAGGUAUGGUGGCUGCUCACUGGAACGAAGAUGAGUCUUCCCGCAUCUCACCCAAGUGGUGGGAUGGGAAUGGAAUCCCAAAUUCAACUAAUAAAUACAAGGAGGAUCAGAAAGUGAGUUGGCAUGCAACCCCAUUUGAAGAGAGGCUGGAAAAGGCUUUAUCGGAGGAGAGUCUCAUCUCUCAGAGGAAGCCUGUUGACCGAACACUCAUGUCUCUUGAUGAGAUUGAUGAAAGCGACACAGCACUGUCUCAGCUGCGACCUUCCUCACAUGCCAAGUCAGUUGUUUCAUUCUGAUUACAGUAAUUGCUUCCGUUUUCACAUUUGAUGAACCCAGAUGUAAUUUUGAGUCCUUCAAAAACCUGAAUCAAUGGUAGAAAAUCAUGAAUUGUGAUUCAUGGUUGGUUUGGCAUGAGCCAUCUAGUGGAGCUUUUCUAGGGAUUCCAUUGUAAUCCAGCAGGGUAGGAUCAAUGCUUGAAGUGCAAACCAACGAUUUUUUUAAAAGGUUUUAUAUCAUUUUAUAGUA